AUGAACUUUAUUCUAGUGCCGCUUCUCCUAGAAUACACCUUCGAUGCAACUAUUCGCACCAUUUCAAAUUUCACGCCACCAUACACGGACCAAGAGGAAUAUAUGGGGUCAAGUAUGUCGACUAUGCUAAAAUGCCGAUCUAAGGAACCAGAUAGGCUACGAUGUUGCUACGAAGACGCCAAAAUUAUCAAAUUCUCGUCAAACAUAUUCAAAGUGGGCGCUGUCGUUCCAUUUAAAGACGCAACUUAUCAAGAAUUUGAUUUCGGAAACGAGACUUUCGAGUUGGAGUUCUACGACGGGGGAAUCAAAGGAUACUUAUUCGAAGAGAAGAUGGAUCAUUAUAAUGUGAACAGACAUCGAUCGAUAGCGAGAAUAAGAUCAGUGCGGAAGGUGGAGAAACUAGAAAAUUCGAGUAUGGGCGAGUGUUUCGUCUGUCACGAGCUUUCACAGAAGAACGUGGAUGAUCGAACGAACAAUGGAGAGUUUCAGUUUAUUUGAUUAGCCGAUCAGACGAUGGACUCUGAGAUCACGAAAAAGGUGUAUUUGAACGAUUGCGUUCUGCGUCCGAUUUAUAAGUUUGAAAUUAGACGCAUGUAUAGCGUGGCUCUUCUACUAUCCAAAAAGAAACUG